AUGACUGUGCAAUAUAAUCAACUUGUUCUCACUGGUGGUCCGGGUGUAUUUUUCAGACUGCUAUUAAAAUGGAGAGGAUGUAUUUUCAAAUUGAUCUACAUCGAUGUUAUUGUUUUCAUGGCUCUAUAUGCAUUUAUCAGUUGUGUUUAUCGUUUCGUUCUGUCAGUAGAGUUACAGAGAACUUUUGAAGACGUCAUCAUGUUUACUCGGAGCUUCCAAGGUCUGAUCCCGGUUUCUUUCAUACUUGGGUUCUAUAUCGAUAAUGUGUUCACUAGGUUUUGGAGAUUAUUCAUGACCAUUCCAUGGGUGCUUAAAUUUGCCAUUUCAAUUGCUGGGCAUCUCUCUGGAAACUCUGAACGUUCUCGUUUAAUGCGACGCACAUGCUUUCGGUACAUGAUGUCAAGUCUAAUAAUGACUUCUACACGUCUCAACCUAAUUGCUAAGAAGCGCUUUCCUACACCAGAAUUCUUCGUUGCUGCCGGAAUACUUACAGAAGAAGAGUUGGAUAUAAUUACGAGCGUCAGUCCUAUUCAUGUUCAACCGUUUGUUCCUAUAGUAUGGACCACUUCCCUUAUCACUCUUGCUGGAAAAGAAGGUUUUAUUACGAAUCAUCAUGCCUUGGUUUCCAUCAUUGAUGAAAUAAAUAACUUUCGUCAGGGUCUGUUGGAUAUGUUUAUGAUCGAUUUUGUUUGCAUCCCAUUAGUUUACACACAGGUUAGUUCUUUGGUAGACCUUUCCAUACAGCAUCAGCAUUUCCACAUACUCAGAUAA